AUGAACUACAUCACACAAGUCACCAUCGAUAUGAGCUAUGUAAAAGGAGCAGACUACAUCGUUGAGGACACCCUUUACCGUUUUUAUAUGGUUUCCGCAGUAGAUGACGCCAAAAUUGAUUAUCAACACAUGGCUGAAGACCAGGAAUGUAACAUUGCUAAAUCGCCACUCAGCAAGGGCCCAAACAGACAAUGA